AUGACUUCGCUAAGAGCUCUCAACUUAGGCUUCAAUCAAUUAACUUCUGUGAUUCCAUUGAGCUUGUGGAGGCUUACAGAUCUCUUGGAGGUUGACUUCUCAUCCAAUUAUUUAAAUGGCUCUCUUUCAUCUGAGAUUGAGAAAAUGAAGGUCUUGAGGAUAUUGAAUUUGUCAAGAAAUCAACUAUCAGGUGAUAUCCCCAAAACAAUUGGUGCACUCAAAGAUUUGACUAAUCUCUCAUUGGCAAUAAAUUCACUACAAGGCUCAAUUCCUGUAUCUUUUGGUGAAUUGGUAAGCUUGGAGUUCUUGGAUCUUAACGAUAACAAUUUAUCUGGAGAGAUUCCCAAGUCCUUAGAAGGACUCCAUUACCUCAAAUAUAUAAAUAUCUCAUUCAAUAAACUACAAGGAGAAAUUCCCACAAGUGGACCAUUUCUAAACUUCUCAACUGCAUCAUUUACGUCAAACAACGCCCUUUGUGGUGCAGCUCGAUUAAAGUGCUUGGAAAAUAUGGAAAAAGAGGAAUCCAAAAUCUCCUGCUCAAGCAGGCUUGUACCCUCUAGUUACAUGGAGAAUAAUUUCUCACCAACAACUUGUACAGACAACGAAUGGAUUCAGCUCUAA